AAAUGAUGAUUGCUGAGGAUUUUGAUAGUGAAGUUUAUGAUACUUCACUUGAUAAAUUUAAAACUUAUGAGGAAUAUUUGGAUUCACAUAUCACAAAAGAAGAUCUUUUUUAUUUAGAAGAUAUUGAAUUGGCCAGAUAAUUGAAGGAAUAAGGUUAUCAUGCAAAAACUGAAAUCUUAAGUCGUGAAUAAUUUGAGGCUAAAAAGAAAGCAGUUGAAGAAGCUAGACUAAAUUAAAAUAAAGAUAAAACUAAGGCACUUGCUCAUACAGAAGUUAGUGAUCCAUCCAUUAUUGAAAAAUCUCCUUUUCUUAGAGCAUUAGCUGAAAGGUAUUUAUUAAUCAUCAUUUAUAGAGAGUUAAAAGUUUUAAAUGGAAAAUUAUUAACAAUUAUUUUUAUCAGAUUGGAAUCAGCUAAUUGUGAAGUAAGCGGUUACAUUGAUUAUGCACAUCGUUUAAAAAGCGAGGAUUUUAAAAUAUAUUUUGAAGGCAAAAAAAAAUUAUAACCUCGACCAACAGAUCUUUCAUAUUAUAAUUGGAGAACAGGUUAAUGUGUUUCAAAUGAUUCUCCAAAUUUUAAAGUAGAUGCUAAUUCUGGAUAACAAGGGUUAUUAUUUAGAAAUAAAAGAGAUAGGAAGGUAUUAAUUUCUCUAUUUAUUUUAAAGGUCAUUAAUGUAGAUCCAAAUAAAAAACCAGAAGAUGGAAUGACUAGAACAGAAAUAGAAUCUCCAGAAGCAAUCUAAAUUGUUUUGUAUGAUUAUUACACAAGAAAAAAAUGAAUUUUUUAUGAUUUAAUUUAUAUUUAAUAUUAAUUAAU